AUCAAAACCCGGGAUCAUUACUCAAGUAUACAUGUAGGUUCCAUGUUACGGGUUUAAAAUAAAAGCAACACAUAUAUUUUAGUUCCGUGCUACAGAAUAGUGCACACGUUGAAAUUUCAACAAAAGAAGAAGCUAGAGCUGACAAUGUCUUUUACAGAAGCAAGCGUAACAAUGGUGAUGGAUCUUACGACGAGAGGAUUUAUAACAUUUAUUGUGUCACUUCCUUUACUAAUCGCGACAUGGAAACUUUGGGAGGCAUACAUGACUGGAACUAAAGAUCAAAAUAGCAGCUUACCCCUGCCACCCGGAAGUAUGGGCAUUCCAUUCCUAGGAGAAACAAUUUCAUUUGUUUUACAGGGCAGAUUGUUUACUUCUUCAAGACGUCAAAGUUAUGGGAACGUUUUCAAGACACACAUUCUAGGGCGUCCAACAGUUAGAGUGAUUGGUAGUGAAAAUGUCCGUAAGAUUCUAAUGGGAGAACAUUCCCUGGUGACUUGCCAGUGGCCUGCAAGUGCAAAGAUGAUCCUCGGGGAAAAUGCUCUGGCGAUGUUGUCCACUGGUAGCAUCCAUACAUCGCGUCGUAAAGCAGUCUUGAAGGCAUUUAAUUACGAGGCACUUUCAAGCUAUGUUAGACCUACGCAACAGAUUAUUCACGAGUGCAUCAUGAAAUGGCCGGAACGUGACAGAAUUCUGGGAUACCAUGAAUGCCAGGGUAUGACUUUUGAGGUUGCUGGGAAGGUCCUUCUCGGGUUCAAUUUUGACAAACAGGAAACAACUGACCUAACAAAGACGUUUAAGAGGCUCCAAAAUAACCUUUUCUCACUCCCGGUGAACUAUCCAGGAUCUGGACUUAACAAGGGGCUGGAAGCGAGAAAGAUCCUCAUGGAAGCAAUAGAGAAGAUUAUAACAAAGCGCAAGGAAGACAUUGCAAAUGGCAGUCACACAGAACAUGUGGAUGCUUUAUCUUUACUAAUCCAGAAAAACGUGGAUGAAGAUGAGGAUGAGGUCACUAUGGACCAAUUGAAAGAUUCAGCGCUGGAACUACUUUUUGCUGGGCAUGAAACUACAGCCAGUGCAGCAAGUUCUAUAUUACUACACUUAUUUAAACACCCAAAGGUUAUUGACAGAGUAGCGAUUGAAAUGAACAAGUACAAAAUAUUGAACAAUGACACUACAGAACUUACAUAUGAAACAAUCAACAAAAUGACAUAUCUCAACAAUGUUGUCAAGGAGAUUCUGAGAUUAUCACCACCUAUUGGCGGGGGAUUUAGACGAGCGGUCAAAACAUUUGAACUUAAUGGGUACCAAGUGCCCAAGGACUGGACCAUCAUGUACUCGAUCAGGGACACCCAAGACACAUCACAAGUAUUCCAAAAUGUGGAUGAAUUUGAUCCUGGACGUUGGAAUGACCUUGACCUCACCACAAACCAAUCAGAUCGUUUCAGCUAUAUCCCAUUUGGUGGAGGUACCAGGGCAUGUAUCGGCAAAGAAUUCGCUAAACUUCUCCUGAAAGUGUUUAUUCUAGAGCUGGUAGGGAAUUGUACGUGGAAAAUACCUAACCCAAACCCUCGUAUGAAAUCAUUCCCAGUUCCAUACCCGGUUGAUAAACUCCCAAUAGAAUUCUCAAAGAAGGAACACCGUCUGAGGUCAUUCACUUUUUAAACCAUACAUGGUGAAGGAGGAUUGGCUCCUAGAGUGCAACAUUGAUAUUUUUGCCAUAUAUCGGCAUGUCUUGAUUACAAAAUUUGAAUUCAAACAGCCAUCAUUUUGUUCGCUUCAACAUUUGAACCAUGAAUUUUGGUCCUAUUUCCAGGCGAAAAA